UCAACAACCCUCAAGCAAGUGCCCUUCGGUGAAAGGCAGGUGGCCGCCUCUGCCGCCUGCGUGCUUGCCUUUUGGAGCCGGCCGGCCGGCGAGGCGGACUUGCUUCUUGCUUCUCGCCGCGGGCGCUCGGCGGGCGGCCAGGAGGCGGCGGUGAGAGCGGCUGGCUGGCUGGCUGGCCGGCUUCCCCCUUCCCGCCCUGCGGCAACUGGGAACGUCGAGGCGGCGGUUCGGCGGCCCCUUUAAGGCUGAGGCCGGCGUAACGCGAUCCCGCAGUGGGCGCCUGUCGCGGCUGCCGCAGUAGCAGCAGCAGCAGCAGCGGAGGAGGAGGCCGUUUCCUCCGGAGAAGCCGCGCCGCGUGGGCGUGUGAGGGGCUUUUCCCCCGCCGCAGGGACCCGCCAGGAGGGAUGGCAGGGCCGCCCGGCCGGCCGCGGUGAGACUUCAGGCUGAAGAAUGAUGUCUGCCUUCAGUAAACUCAAUUUGGGUGUUGCUGUUAGCAGUUUUGCUAUAUCUCAACUUCUCUUCCAUGUGCUAAGUUCUUGGAUUUCUGCACGUGUAACUUCUGGUUUUAGCAGUCUUGACCAAAAGAAGAAGAUCGAAUGGAAUUCAAGGACGGUAUCAUCAUUCCAUGCCUUGUUGGUUGGAGUAUUUUGUUUGUAUAUUUUACUGUACGAUGAAGCUGUAAAUGCUGACCAUGUCUGGGGUGAGCCUUCUACAGUGCAACUAAACCUUGCUAUUACUUCAGGCUACCUCAUUUCUGACUUGUUGCUUAUUAUUUUCUACUGGAAUGCGAUUGGGGAUAUAUAUUUUGUAAUUCACCAUUUAGUAGCUCUGUAUGCUUACUACUUUGUACUGGAAAGAGGACUGUUGGCAUACUUUGCUAAUUUUCGUCUGCUUGCAGAAAUAUCUACCCCUUUUGUGAAUCAGCGUUGCACAGGGAGGAAAACAACAAAACAGCAAAACUACAUCCACAAUGUUUCAAAAACAUGUGAUUUUUUUAAAAAAACAGUCCCAUAUCCUCAGUUAAUAAUUUCAAGGUACAGUAUAUUUCAGCCAUCAAAUGCUGGGGUGAACAGGUGUGUUUCUAAAUUCUUCCUGAAUGUUGAUAAUAAAGAGAGCCAGCCACAAGGACGAGCAUUUCAUAAAUGGGAACUACUUCCAGUAAAGCCCUGUCAUGGCACCACCAACAGGGCCUCUGCAGCUGUUAGUAGGGCUGAAGAUGGUUGAUCGUGGGAGAGACACUCUUUUCCAUACAGAUAAAUUAUUUUUGUUAUCCUAUCAGAGCAAUAAGGAACAUUUUUAAAUACUGGAGUAUUAACUUUCUUAAUAAAAUUUUGCUUUGUAUCAUUAAUUUUCCCCUUUUUGUAACUGGCACAAAUCCUCUCAAAGCUGCUAUGCAAAAUAAUGUUAGCAAUUACCAAUUUUCAGCCAGUCUUCAUUUCUAAGCAAGACUACUUUUAGUCACAUAAACUGAGGAAUCUUUACAUACAAGACUGGAAUUCCCUUAUACAAGGAUACUUGAAAUCUACUUAGUAAACGGAUGCAAUUUUGGCACUUGUAUUCAUUGUCAGGUAUUGUGUAUGUGCAUCCUAAUCUUUUGCAAGGCACAGCCUAAUUUUUUCUCUCCUGGUGGUGCUUUUUGUUAAACCGUCACUUUAAUAAAUUUUGGAAUACAUCAAAAGUUUCAGUCAAAAUCUAUCACAAAACAUGAGCAGCCUGAGCAUUAAUGUGGCUGCAUUUACACAUUCCUGGUCAGCCAUAGUUUGGCUUACUGUGUCGAUGUAGAGAGUGUAUUCCACACUACCAUACUUUGCUGUCACAGCAUUAAUCAACUAACUAGUGUUCUAUUUAAUACUAUUCCUGUACUUAAACAGGCAGCUUUAUACAUUAAAAAAAAAAAUCAAGGUUCAACCUUACUGCUUAGAAUUUGCGAGUGCCAAUUCAUUAUAUUGUAUUAGUCAUACCGUCACCCUCAUUUGCUUCUCUGGGUAUUUUUAGGUACAGUACAGCAGCCCUUGUGUUUCUUUCUAAGUCUUUUAAAAUCUGGUUCUUGUAGUAUUCCCUGAUGCUAUUGUCUUCCCACAGUCUGUGGCUUAGACAGCAAACUGUGCAGUGUCUUUGCAUCCUCUGGAAUGAAGGGCAAAUAGGCUUCCCCUUUCUGCUAUGUUAGAACUGUGCCAACACAUUUUUUCUGGCUUUCUCUGCCAUGUCCUUAAGAGAUAAUGGGCUCAAAUAAUUUAAUUGUUUCUAUUAGAAGGCUGCUGAGGCUCUCUGCAGACAAUUGUGGGCCCCUUCUGUCAUUACCAUUGCACUGUAAGGAGGAAUCAUGUGACAGUUACUCCCAUGCCACAAUGUAAUGUCUGAAUCCUCAAACUGUACUUGAUGAACUAUCACCAUGGCUACUCCCCAUGCUGCUCCCAGAUGUGGGGCAAAACUGGUGUGGGAAGAAGCUGUGGAGCUGACAUUUCUCAUGUGGUGCUGAUGGUGGCGUUUUGUAACUAAUACAGUGCUUGAAGAAGCGAAAGCUCCCAUGCAGAGAACUUAAUGUCAGAAGGGGGCCUUAUUAUAGGCUAAACUUAAAAUUUAAUGCAACAGCUAACCGGAUAAAUACUGCACCCUGUUGGCAGUUGCUUCUUUGAAAUGAGGAAUUGCUAUAUUUAUCAAUAUAAAAGAACCUCCAGGACUUCCACUUAAGUACAAGAACAGUCAACGAAGGCACAGCCUUUUGUACGAAAAGAUUUUGAAAGGAAAGUUCAGCUGUGAUCUUGCUAAUGUACUGAAUACAAAAUGCCUAUCUGCCUGAGAGAUUCAUACUGAGACUUUGGAGAUUGUGAAGCCUUAUCAGUGAAAAAGGACAUAUUCCUCUUUUGAAGCAGUGUUCUAAAAAUAAAACUAACUUGCUACUUUAUUUGAUAAAUGUUUGCAGAAGGUGGCGAGAGAGAGUGAAGCAUUUGCUAUCCCAUUGGCAUUCAUAUAUAGAUUUAUUAAAUUUGAGAAGAACCAGAUGGUAAAUAAUGUAAAUUGUUGACACUAGCUCAGAUAUACAUGUUUGUAUCAUUAACAAAAAUGAAGUAGUCAAGUAAUGCUACUCUGUCAUAUUUUUAACUUUUGAACUCAGUGACCUUUGCAAACAACCCAAGUAUCCUUCUAAAAUUGUCAACAAAAAGUUUUAAAAGCCUGAUAUGUCAAGCUAGUGUGUACAGUAUUAACCAGAUACUGUUCUGAAAUUGGAAGCAACAUAUUUGAUUAAUGUGUUGGAGAAUAUUUCUCAGCCAAACCAAAUCCAAGCUUCCUUCCUUCCUUCCUUCCUAUUUGGUAGUUCUAGCUUGUGGAUCAUUUUGCAGGAGCCUUUGUGGUUUGAACAAAUGACAUGCUUAUGUGCAUAAAAAAUAGAAUCAUAGGUCUUUUCCACUUGCACUUUGCGAACCCUGACCAUCUGUAAGUCAGGCUUUGUUUAAAUAAACUUGUGGCAAAGAUCAAGAGCCUGCUAGAAACCCUGGUACCAUCCUGCUUAUGUUUGGGCCAAUAUGUAACCCUGUGGGAUAGCUCAGUCAAUAGAGCAUGAGACUCUUAAUUUCAGGGUUGCGGGUUCAAGCCCCAUGUUGAGCCAAAGAUUCCUGCAUUGCAGGGGGUUGGAGUUGAUGACCCUCGUGGUCCCUUCCAACUCUACAAUUCUAUGAUUCUGUGUACACUGUGGAGUAGCAUCUCUUGUACUCCCAUGUCAUGUAGCUCUCUUUAAGGAAAAAUGCAAAAACUAUUUGGGAGCAUGGGAUAGUGUAGGGAAAAAUAUGCCAUUGUAAGAAAACUAGAUUGGGGAGAGGUAUUGGCAGAGAAAUAUAAUCCUACUUUAACAGAGUGAUGUGGAAAUCAGCCAGUGGAGUAUAGUAACAAUGCUAACUGCUGUAACAUAAGCAUCUGCCCUAAAUAUGUUUUGUCUGCUCACAUGUGGAGAGGGAGAGACAAAGCUUUGAUAUUGUCUAGGAUUUGGCAAGAUGUGACUUUCACUUUUCCAGCACAUGCCCUUUCUUGCAGGCCAAAAUGGAGUAGUGCUGAACUCUUUGUACUCUGCUUCUAGAGCUUUCAUGGAUUUCAUUUCAGUACCAAGGUUCCAUUCGUUUGGAUCUGCCAGGAAGAUAAAGGACAUUGUGUUACAAUAAUGAAGGAACCACUUAGAUCUGGAACAGAGUAUUUCACAAAAUGCAGCACUGUGGGGAAAAAUAUCAAAGUACACUAACAUUGUAUCUGGUUACAAUUUGGUAUAUA